UGAAGAGCAUAUGUUUUGUGGUGGGUGUUUCCAACUGGUUACAAAAUUCCCUAAUCUGUCGCCUUAUGAUAGAUAUUUCUUGACCAGGAGACAAUAAUGUCUUUCAUUCUGCAGUUAGAACUGGGGGCUCGAAUGCAAAUUCUCCUGGAAGAAGGAAUAACUCUUACCUGUGUGCAGUACUUAGAAGCUCCCAGGAUACAUUUCACAGUUACGAUUACUAAGCUCCCAGGUGCAGAGGAGGGCUCAGAAGCGUAGGGAAAGGACUUAGCAAAGUCACACGGAGGCAGAAGCCGGAUGAGAAUCCAGUUCCCCUCAUGUAUAUUGCCGAGUAUUUUCUCAGUAAAUUACACAUCAGUUGUUGCCCUAUAGAAGAUGCUUUAUAGUUGAUUAGGUGUCUCUGAAAAUAAGGAGAAAGCACAUGGAGGAAGCAGGAAAGAAUAAUUGAACCAGUUACCGUGGUGAAGGGUGCUAAGGACAAGCUGCAUAAUUAUGGCAACUACCCUAUUUGUAUAUUGUGAAAUUCAAACUAUAACCCUUCCACCAUUAAUUAGGUAUCUUUCUUUAUCUUUUUGCAGGUAAUUCAGGUCUCAGAAAGACAUCAUUCCCUUAAUGGAUCGUCUCAUGCCUCCCAACAAUGUGACUGAAUUUAUUCUCCUGGGACACACACAGAAUCCACACUUGCAGAAAAUACUUUUCAUUGUCUUUUUGUACAUUUUCCUAUUUACUGUGCUGACCAAUCUGCUUAUUGUCAUCACCAUCUCCUUCAGCCCCACACUUUUGGCUCCCAUGUACUUCUUUCUCACCUACUUGUCCUUUAUAGAUGCCUCUUACACCUCCGUCACCACCCCCAAAAUGAUCAUUGACCUGCUCUACCAGAAGAGAACCAUCUCAUUGGGCAGCUGCCUGGCUCAGCUCUUUGUGGAACACUUCCUGGGAGGGUCAGAAAUCAUCCUCCUCAUUGUCAUGGCCUAUGACCACUAUGUUGCCAUCUGCAAGCCCCUAUACUACACUACCAUCAUGCGACAGGGACUCUGCCACCUCCUGGUGGUUGCGGCCUGGAUUGGUGGGAUCCUUCAUGCCACAGUGCAGAUUCUCUUCGUGAUCAACUUGCCCUUCUGCGGUCCCAAUACCAUUGACCAUUUCAUGUGUGACCUCUUCCCACUGCUGAAGCUUGCCUGCAGAGACAGCUAUAUACCUGGAAUGGUGGUGGCUGCCAACAGUGGGGCCAUGUGCUUGCUCAUUUUUUCCAUGCUACUCAUCUCCUACAUAGUCAUCCUGUGCUCCCUGAAAUCCCAUGGCUCUGAAGGGCAGCACAAAGCCCUCUCCACCUGUGGCUCCCAUUUUACUGUAGUUGUACUUUUCUUUGUGCCCUGUAUAUUCACUUACAUGCGUCCCGUGACCACCUAUCCAGUGGACAAGUUGGUAACUGUCUUUUUUGCAGUUCUCACCCCCAUGUUAAACCCUAUCAUUUAUACAGUGAGAAACACAGAGGUAAAAAAUGCCAUGAGAAGUUUUUUGAAGACAAGGGUAGCUUAGGCUGUUCAUUAUGCCAGAAAGUGAUGAUGUAAAUAGAUAGGAAGGAUCAUAUCUGUGGUACACUGUGAAAGAGGAUUUUCAAGUUUUGCAGAUCACUGAUCAAAACAAGGCCCAGAAACUAACAUUUAUUGAGCAUUUGAUGGUGGUUAGGCCCUUUGAUAGGUGCUUUUGAUAGUUUUUCAUGUACUUUAUUCCAAUGCUCAUUGUGCAUACAUUCAGGAUAUACAUCAGAGAAAGGACUGCAAGUCCCUUGUUCGGUGAUUCUAGAGUACACUUUGCUCCAGUCUCACUACUAUUUUAUGAAAUUCUUCAAUCGUAUGUUACUUGGGUGAAAUUGGCUUUUCCACAGCACCUUGGUCUCAGGACUUCUUUUUGUGUGUGUGUGUGUGUGUGUGUGUGUAUUUGGUUUUGCCUGCAGUAAGCAAAAAAGAGAAAAGAAGUUCUUGGAUAUAUGGGAGUGGGGGGGGGAGGAUAGACAGCUGGGAAUGAAAGAACCACUGCCGAUUUGUUGUUGUUUUUCACCACUAAUCUACCAAGAAAAACAAGAGGCGCUAAUAGAAGAAACAAUUUGUAUCAUGUUUCUAAAUUUUUUUCAGCACAAAAUAUAAGCCAGACAUUUUGAAUUUACCUUUAAUUUGAUCUUAUUUUCUCAAAUGUGAUGUAGCAUGCAGUUUUUCAUGACUGUAAAGGACUUUUUUUUCUUACCAAGACUUGAGGAGCCAUUUGAAACAAUGAAGGUAAACAUUUUUUUUUUUUUUAAUUUAAUCUCAACACAAAGAUUUACAGUAAGGUUCCAAAGCUAUUGCUCUGUAAAUGUAUUUACAUUAAAUGAAUGUUAGGUCAUUUCAUCUAUGUACUCAAUUGGUAGCUUCAGUAUGUGCCCACCUUACAGAGAAGCAAAUUGAAGCUAAAAGAAGUUUAGUUAAUUUAGUUGCCUCAGGUCAGACAUCUAAGAUCUCAGGUACAGAAUUUAAAUCCAGAACUUCUAUAUCUCAGUCAUAUUCUCUUUGCAAAUAAAAUAUACUUUCUGUGGUAUGUUUAUGUCUCUGUAUAAGGAAUUUACUUUCAGUCCUAAUGAUUCAAUUUGUCCUCCAGGAAAAAUUACGUCAAAUUUGUUGCAGAUAUUUUUCUCAUGUAGCAAUAUUUUCCAGCAAUAAUGCUUUUUUAUGCAGGUCGUUCUAUGUUACUAUGUUGUUGUUAGGUGCUGUCAAGUCAGCUCUGACUCAUAGCUACCCUAAGUACCACAGAACGAAUCACCACCCGGUCCUGCGCCAUCCUUACAACUAUUGUUAUGCUUGAGCCCACUGUUGCAGCCACUGUAUCAAUGCAUAUUGUUGAGGGUCUUUCUCUUUUCUGCUGACCCUCUACUUUACCAAGCAUGAUAUGCUUCUCCAGGGACUGAUCCCUCCUGACAACAUGUCCAAAGUAUGUAAAAUGCAGUCUCGCCAUCCUGUCUUCUAAGGAGCAUUCUAGCUGUACUUCUUCCAAGACAGAUUUGUUCAUUCUUUUGGCAGUCCAUGGUAUAUUUAACAUUCUUUGCCAACACCACAAUUCAAAGGCGUCAGUUUUUCUUCGGUUUUCGUUAUUCUCUGUCUAGUUUUCACAUGCAUAUGAUGUGAUUGAAAAUACCAUGGCUUGGAUCAGGCGCCCUUUAGUCUUCAAGGUGACACCUUUGCUUUUCAACACUUUAAAGAGUUUAUUUGCAGCAAAUUUACCCAAUGCAAUGCGUCUUUUGAUUUCCUGACCGCUGCUUCCAUGGGUGUUGAUUGUGAAUCCAAGUAAAAUGAAAUCUUUGACAACUUCAAUCUUUUCUCUAUUUACUUAAAGGAAGUGUGCAAAGUUUAUCCUAAAAUGAAUAAGAUAAAUCAUAUUUGGAUCUUCUGUGUGAGGAUACUUUGGUUUAAUCAGUGAGAAUAUUAGUCAUUAUCUAAGUGAGGGUAGUGAGCUAACCAUUGUGGAAGGCCAAUUUUGAGGCAUAUACUUUGUUAGGUUCUUUAUAUACUAAAACUCUCUUAAUUCUAGUCACAAGUAUUGUUAGAAUGAUUGUGAGGAUGGCACAGGGUGAGGCAGUGUUUCGUUCUGCUGUGCAUGGGAUUGCUAUAAGUCAGAACCAACUUGACAGCACCUAGCAAUAACAAUAUUGUUAGUAGGCCUUUGCCCCAUUUUCUACAAGAAGAAAACAAAUCUCAACGAGGUUAAGCAACACUGUCAAAUUUUUAGACUAUGUCUCCUUUAUUCUUUUCACUUCACACAAUGCUUCCUGGCAUGAUGCAAAAAUAUCAAAACACAGACCUGCUCCUUAUAAAGAUUGUCCUUGAGGCUUUCGUCCAUUGUUUUUGAGAGAGCCUCUAUCUUCCCUUCAUCUGUUUCUUGACUUCAGCUUCCCAUGUUACUCACACUCUCUUGAUUCCUGUGCCAGAGAAAAUGAUCUCAUUCCCAUAAAUGUACUACCCUUCAAGAGAAUAUGUGUACUUAAAAAGAGGGAUUCGAUGGACUCAAGGAAUGAAUAAAUAAUUGUUGAAUUUAAAAGAAAGUGACCCAAAAGUAAGAGAGAAGUUUGGAGGAAAAAUAAGCAACUCAACCAUGCAGGUGAAUUGAUACUCUGCUUGGGCAUGAAGGCAGAAUCUUGAAAAGGUAAAUAUUGUUUCUUAAGGGUUUUUCCCAGUGUUAUUGCAUACUGUGUUAUAUGCAAUAUAUUACUUGAAAAAUGGCCGUAUGGCCAAUUAAGUUUAGGAAAUUUUGCCCAAUUUUUUUAUCCAAGAAAUAUUGUUCAGUGCUUACAGUGUGCCAGACAGUUCCAAAGACUGGGCAUAUAGUGUAGAACACUAUAGACAAGAGUCGUGUUUGUGUGGAACUUAAAUUCCAGUAAGGAUUAGAUGAGUAAUAAACAAGUAAACAAAUAAAUGAAUAAUGUAAGUUUGUUAGAAAUAAGUAUAAUGAAGAAAAUAGUUUUAUUAAGGAGUGAUGCAAAAGACAAUAACUGGAUGUAGAUUUGUGUAGUUGUUUGAAGUGUGUGUGUACAUAUAUAGCACAGAGAUACAUGAAAUACAUAAAUAGGUAGAUAAUAUACCUGUCUGUGAUAAGGAAAAGCAUGUCUCUUUGUUGUUUGUUGCCAUUGAGUUGAUUCUGACUCAUGAUGACCCAUGUGUAUAAGAGUAGAACUGCCUCAUAGAGUUUUCAAGGUUGUGACCUUUCAAAAGCAGAGCACCAGGCCUGUUUUCCAAGGAACCUUUGGGUGGGUUCAAAUGGCCAACUUUCCUGCUCGUAGUUGAAUGCUUAACCAUCUGCACCACUCAGGGACCUUAGUUAGAAGGCUCCAUGUAUAAAUCAUUAGAUGAGAAGGUAGAGUAAUAGUAGUAGAUUAGCAAAGAUGAUCCAAAUGCAGAGGUUGUCCAUCGUCUGGGAGGAUAAUGUUUUGUAAAAUUUCCUCUCAGGAGACUUGCAAAGUGUAAGGUCAAAUAUGUCAAUGAAACAGUUGCAAAUUCCCAAGUGCAAGGUCAAAUAUAUGAAUUACCAAGUUGUAAACUCCAAUGAACAAGUUGCAAAAGUAGGGUAUUAGUAUCUUUUUUAUUAAUGAAGGUAGAAAAGAAUAAAAGCUAUAACCUGAAAUAUAUCUAAAUUGGAAACAAGUUAUUUGAGAAUACAAUUUCUUAUGAAGUAAGAGAUAGUUAAUCCUUAUUUUUCCUGGCUGAGAUACUUUUUUCAAUCCUGAAUAGUAGAAACUAUUUUUUUGUCUUUAACCAGCUUUUUGUUGUCGUUGUUUGCUGUGGAGCUAGUUCCUAUGCAUAGCAACCUUACGCAUAGCAGAAUGAAACACCCAGUCUUGCACCAUGUUUUUUAUUUGCCCUUAAAAUAAUUGUUCAUAUUGUUUCUAGAGUAGGGGAUGAAAAUAUGGCUCAAUGAGUCUUACAAUAAACAUUCAAAUAUAAAAUGAAUAAUCCAAGAACAUCUUUCUUCGUUCCAGCAGUGUGCUGCCAUUGAAGAUUAGAAAGUUGUUGUAUGAGAUAAUUAUAUAUUCUGCCAUAAUCUUAUAAGCAAUUGAGGCAUUAUGUUAAAAAUAUCAAGGAAAAAUUCUAUCAAAUGCUAAGUAAUUAUAGAAAUGUGCCAGUAACCCAAGGCACAGAGGGUC